AUGGUGGUGUCUUUUCUACGGUCCUUGCCACGGCUCGGACGAAGAUGGACACCUUUCAGCUUCAGCAAUCCGAAUUUCAUUCGGUUGCCCACAGGCCAGGCAAUUGAGGAGGAAACCAUUCCGGGCUACGUUGCUGGUCGUUACUAUCCUACUCGAAUAGGGGAAAUCCUUAAGGACCGGUACCAAGUUGUGGGAAAGCUGGGAUUUGGAGCUAGCUCAACCGUGUGGCUCGCUCGUGACAUGGAAUACCAUAGUUAUGUUACUCUGAAGCUUUUCAUUAAGUCUACGUCAAUGGGACAGCAACUGGACGACGAGCUUAAUAUAUACAAACGCAUAGAAGGAGCUUCCCAAAAACAUCCAGGUCGUAAGUAUGUGAGAUCGUUGCUGGACUCCUUCGAUGUCAACGGACCUGAAGACAAACACCGAUGUCUCGUACAUCCUCCGUUGUGGGAGAGUGUGUUAUCUUUUCUUUUCCGUGAUUUUGAAGAGAAUGAGCUUCAGAGCCCCUGCCCUCGGAAGGAGCUAGAUGGAAGGACAAUUUAUACCUCUCGUGAACUCGGAAUUCCUAAUCAACCAUGCGCGCCUAUCCUCUGCGAUUUCGGCUCGGCCGUGCUGGGUGACGAAGAGCACUCGGAAGAUAUUCAACCCGAUAUCUAUCGAGCACCGGAGGUGAUUUUGGAAAUUCCAUGGACAUACAGCGUUGAUAUAUGGAAUGUGGGAUGCAUGGUUUGGAACCUUUUCGAAGGGGGGUCCUUGUUUAGCGGCCAGGACCCAGAAUUUCAGACUUAUAGGAGUCGAGCUCAUCUUGCCGAAAUGAUACGUCUUCUCGGUCCGCCGCCGCCAAGUUUCCUUGCGCGGGGGAAUCUGACCCAAAAGUUCUUUUCAGAGGAAGGUGAUUUCUGCGCUGGAGUUUCCGUGGGAGAAUACACCCCGCUGGAGCAAAGGGAGACGAGUCUCGAGGGAGAGGAUAAGGAGAAAUUCCUCCGCCUAGUGCGAAAAAUGCUGCAAUGGGAGCCGGAAAGACGAAGCUCUGCCAAGGAACUCGAAAAAGACGAGUGGCUUCAAACAGAACUAAACAAAUAG